AUGGCUUUCAUUUUCCCACUUUCUCUUCAUGGUGGUAAUUCAUUUUGUCUUUCUCUUGGAAUCAUUUUUUUUAUUCUUAUAACAGAUUCAUUUUUGCUUAUUUGUCCUGCUAGCUAUGUUUUUUUAUUUUUCAUUUUCCUUUCUUUCAUUUGUAUUUCCUUCUCUGAUGUCUGCCUUAUUCACUUUCUUCCUCCUUACUUUAAUCAUAUCUUUCUUUUUCUAAACUUUUACUUUUUUUUGCCUUCAUUGUUUUUUUUAUCUCUUUCCCUCUUAUCUUUUUCUUUCUUCCUUUUUCUUAUAAUUUCAUCUGUUUUUUUUCUCUUUGUCUUCUUCUCACUCUUUCUUCAUUUUCUUUUCAGGCUUAAUCCUUAUCUUUUCUCUGUUUCAAUACUUUGUUCGUUCGUUCGUUCUUUCUUUCUUCCACCCAAAUUAUUCUUUUUUCCUGAUAAAUGUCUAUUGCUUAUACUUCGUUUUUUGUAUUUGUUUAUUUUUUUCCCCUCUAAAUGUUCUUCUCUCUUUUAUUUCCGAAUUUCUGUUUUCCUUUCCCUCCUUUUAUAUAUUAAAUCGCUGUCUUUUUUUUUUUUUUUUGAUAAAAGCAUAUUUCUUUUUAAAUUUCGAUCAGUUUUCUUUCUUUUAACCAUUAUUUUCAGUUCAUUUUCUUUCUUUUUCUCAUUUCCUAGUGGCACUGGCAUUCCUUCUAUCUUAGGUUUGCACUAUUCUUCGAUCGGAACUUUCCAUAUUUCAUUCCUUCUUCGUAUUUCUAUCACGAAUUCCUUUCAGUUAAGGAAACGCAUCACAAUCUGUUCCUUCCAACAUUAA